CUUUACGAACUGACAGUCUCGCAAAAAAACAAACGAAGCGCCCCGAGGUGCAAACCAGAACCAGAGCCAGGAAGGAGAGAGAGAGAGGGAGCUGAUGCUGUACGGACCUGCACAGUGAAGACAGAGGAGAGAGGCGCUGACUGUACAACCGCCUGCUUGCUUUGAUCAAAACAGGGUGUCAUUUUGAAAAACAUGAGCGGACGGGUCGGCGACGUGAGCCCAAAGCAGGCUGAAGCGUUAGCACAGUGUCUGAGAAGCCAGUGAAGAGUCUUGGGAGAUGGUACGACGGGGAUCUAAAGGACACAGUUCGUGUGGGAGAAGUUAGACAACAAGCAGUGGAAGGGUUGAAGAGCAUAGACAGCUGCGCUCUACCAGUUUCGAGAGAACAUCCAGGACAUAUUACCCAGCUUGCCUGCCCAGCAUGACCACUUCCUGCUGCGCUGGCUUAGAGCCAGGAAUUUCAACAUCCAGAAAGCAGAAGCGAUGCUUCGCAAGCAUGUUGAGUUUCGGAAGCACAUGAAGGCAGACACAAUAACUACAGACUGGCAGGCUCCUGAGGUGAUCGAGCGCUACCUGUCGGGUGGGAUGUGUGGCUACGACAAGGAUGGGAGCCCUAUCUGGUAUGACGUGGUGGGGCCCCUGGACCCCAGGGGCCUCCUGCUCUCCGCCUCCAAGCAGGACUUCCUCAAGGCCAAGGUGCGAGAUUGUGAGAGGCUGCAGAGGGAGUGCAAGCGGCAGAGUGAGCAGCUUGGACGCCAUGUGGAGUCCAUCACCAUGAUCUACGACUGCGAGGGUCUGGGGCUCAGACACCUGUGGAAGCCGGCCGUAGAGGCGUAUGGAGAGGUUCUCACCAUGUUUGAAGAGAACUACCCUGAAGGACUGAAGCGGCUGUUUGUGAUUAAAGCCCCCAAGCUCUUCCCUGUGGCUUACAACCUGAUCAAGCACUUCCUGAGCGAGGACACGCGCCGCAAGAUUAUCAUCCUGGGAAGUAACUGGCAGGAGAUUCUGCUGCAGUACAUCGAGCCGGACCAGCUGCCUGCCUGCUACGGAGGGACCCUCACUGACCCUGACGGAGACCCUCGCUGCAAAACCAGGGUUAAGUACGGAGGGGAGGUACCUCAGUCCUACUACGUGCGGGUCUCCAUCAAGCAGCAGUACGAGCAGACUCUCUGCAUCAGCCGCGGCUCCUCCCAGCAGCUCGAGUAUGAGAUCCUGUUCCCUGGCUGUGUGCUCAGGUGGCAGUUUGCCAGCGAGGGGUUGGACAUCGGCUUCGGGGUCUUCAUCAAGACGAAGGUGGGGGAGCGGCAGAAGGCGGCCGAGAUGGUGGAGGUGGUUCCAAGCCAGCGGUACAAUGCACACCUAGUACCGGAGGACGGCUCUUUCACCUGUCAGGACCCAGGCAUCUAUGUACUGCGGUUCGACAACACUUACAGCAUCUUGCACUCGAAGAAGAUCAGCUUCUCUGUGGAGGUGCUGCAGUCAGACAACGGCUCCGUAUCCAAAGCCCAGGAGCCCAAGGGAGAGGCUGGGGAAGAACUCGCAGCCAGCAGCCAAUAGAAAGAGGAGGAGGAGGACAGGACCCAACUGCAGGCAGCCCCGCCCCGCUUCUCCCCAGAUCAGGACGCGCCACCCUCUGUACUCACUGUAUUAGACAGGGAAGCCUGGCCAAAUAGGUACUGCCCCCAAGCUGGGGUGGGGGGUCGAUAGUUUUGACAAUUGCUAAGUGCUUCCUGAGCUGAACUCGGAAACGUAUCUGUCCAGAUUGUUCUAUGUGUAACCUCGGUGUGGCUGGCACCCCUUUCUAUAAUGCUCAUUAAUGCCACAUUUUGACAUGCAGUAUAAUUCUGUUACUGUGUAGUUAGUGCACCAUCUAGUGAUAAAAACGUUUAGUGUUUCAUAUUUACACUUUUAAGGCACAGAGAUACUAUUUAACGUAUAAAUGUACUAGGACUUUGGGGUUAGUGCCCUCAAGCUUAUUUCCCCAAAAAAACAUUCCAAUAUCUGACCAAUUGAACUCUUUGCUUUAUACUUACUAUAAUUAUCCCACUGACAGGGACCCAUUCUGUACAUGGAUUGUAUUUACAUGGUAGCUCAUGUGGUGGCACUUGGUACGGGCAUUCCUGUGCACAUGUUCUUGGGGAUGUUGGAGUCACUGUGUCCCUGUUGUUCAUGAGUUCUUAUCUCUUGAUGAAGAAUGUGAGGUAUGUUCAUUGGAUCUAAUCAUUGGCAGCUCAGUCCUUUUUAAAUCACUGAAUCCGACCCUCCCCUCUGGCAUUGCCAUUGUACAGAUUACAUGCACUGCUAGAGGUCUGAUUUGUAAAACCCUGCUACACCAAUUGUAAUGAUCUGAGCAGCUAUACUUAGAUACACCAGUGUCUAUCUCAAUUGAAUAGACCUGUAUUACAUGCCCCGAUGUAUUAAUUGGGUAACAGUACCUGCUUUUUCAGGACACUGGCACUUGAAUGGUUGAACAAUUGAAUAUUAAAUAUGGGACUGUUUUUAUCCAGCUUUGAUGAUUAUAGUCAUGGUUACCUAUACGAAUGUGUUCUCAAUGAGAGGAGGCGAUUAGACCCAUCAGUACUGUGUUCCUAGUUGCUGAUUUAUCCCAGAACUUUGUCUAGUCGGUUCUUAAAGGAUCCUAAUGAUUCAGAAGCAACGACCUAACUUAAACCCAUUCCAUACUCUCAGCACUCUCUGUAAAGUAUACAUUGGACUGGACUCCUGUUAUGAGCUGCAUGUAAAAAACAGUAUGCAGCUGUCUCUCGGGUACACGCUUCACUGUAGUACACCCCCCUCUAGUGGCGUACUGUGGCAUAAUAUAUACUGGAGCUAGAGCAGUCCUCAUAAUACGCACUGUAUUGCUAUGUUUUCUGUCUGCUGUAUUAUAUUAGAGAGCAGUUUGUAGAAGGUCCUGUGCACACCGUUCUGUACAUAGAGGGUUCAGGACCUGGCAAGAUGUUGGGUGAAUUACAGGUAUACAGUUUUGGAAAAAUGAAAGCACAUUUUAACAUGUGUUAAAAAAUCACUAAACUCAGUAAAUGUAGGUUCAAAUAAAAAAUCAUAUCACAUUUAUACUUAAAAAUGGUGAAAGUAAUUGAAUAUAUUCACAAUACAAAAUACCUGGUUUUGAAAAUAACCCCUUUAGUGUUCAAAGUAUUUCUCUUGUUUAGAAAUAGGUACGUUUCAGGUAACUUUCCGCUGCUAUACGCUGUACCUAUAAAGUCCAGAGAAUACGCUGAAAAUAAAACUGAUUGUACUGCGUUAACCCUUUAUAUCCUGGAUACACCUGCAUCCUGGAUACAUCUGCUGAGAACUGUGGCAAAAGAUACAGAGAUAGUUGUCCAGACUGCUAACUAAUGGAGCAUCUUAAACUAUUGGGUGUCAAUACUGGAUCCACUGGAACACCAGCAGAGUUACCAGUGAACCCAGGAUUAAAGGGUUCAGCCAACACAAUCAGUGCAGCCUAAUGCAGUUUGCACAGGGUGUACAGGACCUACCUGUAUAGAGCUCCAGUACUUGGUGGAGUGGAGUGUAUAUGCUACUUGAUUGGAGAAACCUUGAUCUUUUCCCCAUGUGUGGCCAUCGUCUCAUGGCAUGGGCUGAAGCUUAUUGACCGGCCUGUUGCUAGAACCAUUUAUUUGUUGGCCAGUGAAUUCUUGUACAUGUAUCUUGCAAUGUAAAGCUUGUGUAAUAACAUGUGUUCUUAGCUCUCAGUGCCGUAUGGGUUUGCUGUUGAUUUUCGUUGUUUUCUAGACUUUAGUAAAUACCUUCUUUGUAACUGAGUAUCACCUGACAGUUAGGUCACAGCAGCCUAUUUGUUCCGGACACUGGCACCUCAGUGGUUGAACAUUGUUAAAUACUGGGAACUACUUCUUCAGGUUUGAUGAAACUACAUUAUACUGAUGCGUUAUUAACCAGAGAAACCGAUUAGAUCCAUCAGUGCUCGGUUACUUGCAGUAGAUUUAUCCCAGUCAGUUUUUAAACCAAUGAUUCGGCAGCAACAACGUGCCUAAAAACUCAUACUCUCGCCACUCACUGUAAUGUAUACCCUGAGCUGGGGAUGACCAUGUCACUCUACUUGAUAUUAAGGUACCUUUUUAAGAUGAGAAAAAUAAAAUAAAAAAAAUCAACAGCAAAACAAUCCUACUUGUUCCGAUGAUUAGAAAAUGUUUUUCAAAGGUUAUUACACCUUUCAGAAGAGUGGUGAAGUGAAAUCACAUUCAGUGGCUUUUAAUUCAUGGUUUGUUUACUGCAGGGAUAAUUGCAAUGUUUGUCUUUUAAAAGCACAUUCCAAAAAGCUACCCUAAUAAUUGAUUAUCCCCAUGACGGGGAUAUAAUGUAGUCUGGAGAUGCAUGUAUUGUAUGUAUUUAUUCCCAGUAAAGUAUAUCCCAUUUUUUAGCUCUAUCUUGAGAACUGCUCAUCCAACAGGGAUGAAACUUGGUAUGGACAUUCCUUAUAAGUUUUGCAUUAGAGUUUUGUCUUGGGGUUAGUUUAAUUAUACCUGUGCAUUUGUUCUAAAAGGCUGCAUGCUGUGCUCAAGGGGACUUGCUUUUUCAUGGUACUGAACCCUUAUGGUAUUAAUAUAACAGUCGGGUAUAGAUUACUGCAGUACAUACCCGUGCCUUGUUGUUCAUUUUUCAAUUGUUUUAUAUCAUGUUCUGCAGUAUUCACCAAGCCUGUGUUAAAUGUAUAUGCAGUGAGUGCAGGUUGAAAUUCAAAUAGGGUCAGGUUUGAGCUUUGAAAUCUGAACUGGAAAAGUAGACUGUUCUGAUGGUCCCAAACUGAGUCUUGAGAUAUGCAAAGGGUAUGUACAUUGAGGCUGAACCCACAUGUAAGAGAAAUAGAUAAAACAUAUAUUUUGGAAUACUAUAUAGGGUCCUGGUCACAAAACUGUAAGGGAUGUUUUUUUUUUAAGUACUGUUUUUGAUUAUAAACAUUGUUAUAUGUUAAACAGCGCUUUGAAAAAUGUGUUAUAAACAUGUAAACUCUCUAAGACAGUUGAAAAAGGUGUCAUGGUCUUAAAGUGUUAUUUGAUUAAUAAUUCUUUAAAACAGUCUCGACACUUUAAAAUCUUUGUUUAAGCAUUAUUCAACUACAUAACAUUGAAGUACUGAAUUUUGGGUUAGGGUUAAGGUGGAAAGUGACAGAUAUCAGUAGCUUCUAGAGCAUGUUACCAUAGCCUUUACCUGAUCUGCAUGUUCCAGUAUCCCCAAUCAACCAGGCUUUGUGUUUCUUUUUUUUAAAUGUAUUGUAGUUUUGGUUUAUUUUGUAACUGCUGUCUUUUGCGCACUGAACAACAACACAUGUUUAAAACAAUGUGUACAUACAGCAUUCCCGGGCUGAAAGGACUGUUUGUCCAUUCCUUAGAACCAGGCUGCAGCGUGUGGGAAACGAGGUAUUAAUCAAGGCGCUCUGUAAGGUAGCAAUCCGUGUAUAUGCCUGCAGUCUGGAAGGGUGCAGGUUCAUGUCAUGUUGAUUCAAUCACGCACAUUUUAAAUAAUUGUAUUCAAUAUAUGUUAUUGUGUUGGAAUUGCAACGAUAUAGAUAAAUAUCUUAUUGGUAAUAUUAGUGUUAUUUCCAUGUAUAUGAUAGAAAACCAGAUUUUCAGGCCUAAGAAUAUAUACACAGCCUUAAAACAAAUAUGUAGUUCCUGUUUGAAACACCUGGAUUUUUAGGGGUACCUGAUGACCAGGUACAGCUACAAAUGCCUUCUGAAAACCCCAAGUCUGCAUUACUGUAACCAAAGCACUUCUCUGUGUUACUGGACACAAUUACACUACAGGAUAAAAAUGGGACCCCCGGCCUGUUUCUUUAUCGGUUGACAAUACUGCAAUGUUAGAUGUAUUGUUUUAAGUAUAAGACAUGUUUAUCUCUCUCCUCACUGGUACAGUCCUCAUCUCCCCUCUUGUUUAUUGUCUGGUGUGCUGCACGUUUGGAUUGUUAGUUUUGUACAGCUGCGUGUUGUGCACUACAGGGGCAGAGCGGGAGCGACGUGUUUUAAUGCUCUAUACUGAGGGGGCAGGAUGACAAUACUGGAGAACUGAACUUAACUGCUUUCACGCAGAAUCCCAGUUAAAAUCCAGGAAACUGCCAAACGUUUCAACACUUGAAAGGAAUUCUUUUUUUUUAAUGUAAUUGAAGGAUCUUGUUUUUUGCCUAGUGCAGACUGAAAAGUGCUCAGUGAGCAAUCGUUGUGAUUCCUUCAGAUUACUCUUAAGUGUAUUUUCUAUUCAGAUUCUAUUUGAAUGUUAACACGUAAAUGCUGUUUACAUAAUUUGUGAGAAACUAUGCCUAUUAUACCUAAUAAAACCUACACAAUGUUAUAA